UACAUCAACAAACAGGGCGGCACAGGCACUUAAACUGCUAUCAAAAAGGCUCUGUGGCUGGCCUGGGUUAGUGCAAUUCCAUAUGAGCCUGUACAGAGGACCACUAGAUGAACUAACAGUUAAGAAAGUCUUUCUCAUCCUCACCAUCUCAUACAUCACUCUGGCCAUGUGUCACGGAGCUUGUUUUCAGUCAGCACCCGAAUUAGCCAUAAAAGACGGUCAACUUGUGAAACCAGAUAGCUGUGUCGAUCCUCAAGAUGAGAGUAAGCACGCCUUGGGGUCUUCAUGGAACUCAACAAACUGCAUGGGCUGCAACUGCAAUGAUGAAGGAGAAGUACAAUGCUGUUCCAGAUAUGGUGGCCUUGCAGUUGUUGAAGGAUGCAAAGGAGUUGUUGACCCAGAAACAUGUGAAUACAAAUUUUAUAAGGCUGAUGACCCUUCAGCACCAUGUCCUGGGUUUUAAAACCCAACUCUGUUCCCUUCAUAUAUGAAAACCUGAAUAAAUUACUUCACUCUG